ACCUGCGGCAACCAGCGCUGUAUCCCGAAGAAUUGGGUUUGUGACGGCGACGACGAUUGUCUCGAUGGGUCCGAUGAACACCAGAACUGCAAGGGCAACACCUGCAGCGUCAGGGAGUUCAAGUGCGCGUCGGGCCGAUGCGUCGCGUUGUCGUUCAAGUGCGACGGAGACAACGAUUGCGGCGAUGGGUCCGAUGAGAGCGGUUGUACGAACGCGACCUGCAACGCGAACGAGUUCGCCUGCGAAAACGGACGUUGCGUCCCGCUGAGCUGGAAGUGCGACUCGGAGAACGCGUGCAUUCCAAAGAACUGGGUCUGCGACGGCGACACCGAUUGCAACGACAAGGACGACGAGAAGAACUGCCCUCCGGCCGUCUGCACGGUGAGCCAGUUCUCGUGCGAGAACAAACGCCAAUGCAUCCACGACAGCUAUCGCUGCGACGGAAUUCCGGACUGUGCGGACGGUUCCGACGAGAAGAACUGCCCUUCGCGAGCUCCGAACGAGUGCGACAGCAACUCGUUCCAGUGCAAAUCUCCGCGCAUCUGCAUCCCGAAGAGUUGGCGCUGCGACGGACACAAGGACUGCGACGACGGCAGCGACGAGCCGGACACCUGUCCUCGAGGCGUUUGCCCAGCGAACCACUUCAAGUGCGACAACGGCAAGUGCAUUUACAAGUCGUGGGUCUGCGACGGUAACGACGACUGCGGGGACCAGAGCGACGAGCACGAGCGUCACGCCUGCAAGCAGAAAGCCCUCAUCUGUCCUUACGACCAGUGGGCGUGCCCGAACGUGACGGACCGCUGCAUCAACAACACGCUCGUGUGCAACGGCAAGUUCGACUGUCCCGACGGUCUGGACGAAGGUCCGGUCUGCGACAGCGGCAAGUGCGACCCGGAAGCCGUGGGCUGCACCCACAAAUGCAUUCAGACGCCGAUGGGACCGGUGUGCACGUGUCGAGCCGGCGAGAGGCUCAACAGCACGACGACCUGCGUCGAUCUGGACGAAUGCACGGAGCUCGUCGGGGCGUGCUCGCAGCACUGCUUCAACACGAAAGGCUCGUACACGUGCAAAUGUGACCCGGGCUACCUCGAGGACCCGGCGAACCACCACAAGUGCAAGGCAGCCGAUAGAAGCCAAGCGUACCUAGUCAUCUCGAACAGACGCUCGAUCCUGGUCGGUGACCUCGACACUUCGUCGCUGGAGAGGCUUCCUGUCAAGGUGGACAACGUCGUCGCCACGGCGUCCUACAUGAAGAACAACACAAUCUACUGGUUCGACAUGAACGCCAAGAAAAUCUUCAAGCUGAUGAAGGGCAAAGAGCUCACGACAGUCAUCUCGAGCGGUCUCGACCUCAUCGAAGGUCUGGCCGUCGACUGGAUCGCCAGCAACCUCUACUGGGUCGAUUCGAAGCUCAAAACGAUCGAGGUCUCGAACCUCGAAGGCAAAAACCACAUCAUCCUCCUGAACAGCAACAUCAGUCAACCUCGCGGCCUGUCGAUCGAUCCUCGCAAAGACGCGCGGGUGAUGUUCUUCUCGGACUGGGGCGAGAAUCCCCGGAUCGAGAGCGUCGGUCUCGACGGAUCCAUGCGGAGGACCAUCAUCGACACGAGAAUAUUCUGGCCCAACGGGCUGACGCUCGAUCUGCCCACGAAACGAGUGUAUUUCGCCGAUUCGAAACUCGACUACAUCGAUUUCUGUAACUACGACGGAACGGGUCGUCAGCAAGUUCUCGCCCACAACCACUAUCUGCUGCAUCCUCACAGUUUGACCGUGUUCGAAGACACGCUCUAUUGGACGGACCGUCAGCUGAACCGCGUUCUGUCGUGCGACAAGUUCCGCGGCAAGAACCAGACGGUGGUCAGUCAUCUCGUCAGCCAACCACUCGGAAUCCACGUCAAUCAUCCGGCGCUGCAACCGACGACGGACGCGAAUCCCUGCGCGGAAGCCCCUUGCACGCAUCUGUGCCUCCUGUCCCCGUCGAGGAAAGAGGGCUAUGCGUGCAAAUGUCCGCCCGGCUACACGUUGGACCGCAGCUCGGCGAACGGGGCGUGCGUUCCUCUCGACAAACCGUUCCUCAUGGUGCUCCGAGGCAGUCAGCUGGUCGACAUGAACCUCGAGCCGAAGGCGGGCAAGAGCAGCGCCGGUCAGAUAUCCUCGAUCAUCGGACUCGAGAAAGCGAGAGAGUUCGAUUACGAUCAGAAGGACGGCUUCAUCUACCUGGUGAAGACGGUCGACGACGACAAGGACAACGGCACGCUGUUCAGGAUCAGCCUCAAGGACGCCAACGUCACAAAGUUCCUCUCGAGCGCUUUCGUCGGCGCUCCGUACACCGUGGCCGUCGACUGGAUCGGUCGGAACCUCUACGUCGGCAACCGGAAGGCGUCCAAUAUCGAAGUGGUGAAGCUCGGCGAACGCAAAAAUUUCCGGACGGUUAUCUUGUCCAACGAUGGACGGGACACCGGGGUCGGCAAGCCCCAGGCUAUCGCUCUGGAUCCAAUCUACGGGAAACUUUUCUGGCUGGACAGCGGGGGCGUCAACGUUCCCACGAAACUGGCCUCGGCCUCGAUGUCCGGAGAAGAUCCCAAGGUUCUUCUGCUUAACGGACUCGGGAACAUCGAGUCGUUGUCGAUCGAUCCGACGGCGCAACGGAUUUAUUUCUCGCGGAGCCACAGCGGGGCGAUCGAGAGCGUGGACUACGCGGGGAACGGUCGACGCACUAUCUACAGCGACGAUGUGCGCAUCCAGAGACCUCUGUCUAUCGCUGUUUACAACCACAAGGUGUAUUUCCUCGAUUCUGCUCACGAGAAGGUUUCCUACAUCGACCUGCAGAACGGAAACACCGAAACCGUCAUCGAGGACAACCUCAGCGACUUGCAGUUCUUGAAGGUCUACGGCAAACGUCCUGAGGCGCCACAGCAUCCGUGCCUCACGAACAACGGAGGCUGCGCUCAGAUUUGCGUGCCGACCAGCGGGAACAGCAGGAAAUGCCUCUGCAGCAUCGGCUUCACGGUGAGCGCCGAGGUCUUCUGCAGUCCGUACAACGAGUUCCUGGUGUACUCCGAGUUGGAGAAGGCGAGCGCGGUUUCAUUGGAGAACUCGGGCAGCGAAGCCAUGCCACCGAUCGCCGGGCCAGGACACAAUAUCCUGCACCUGGACAUGACCUACUCCGACAAGAGGAUCUACUGGAUCGAGUUCAACCAAGGCCCCCGCAACGGAAUCUUUUCGAUAUUGACCGACGGCUCGGACACCAAGCACGUGAUCAAGGACGGCAUCGGCAGCAACGGAAUCCGAGGCCUUGCCGUCGACUGGAUAAACCAUCUCCUGUACUUCUCGAACGUGUUCCCGCACGAGAACUUCAUCGAAGUCAGCGAUCUCAACGGAGGCAGCAGGAUGGUCCUCUUGAAAACGACAACAGAAGCGCCUCGGGAACUCGCCGUGGAUCCGGUGAAACGUUAUCUGUACUGGAUCGACUCGGGACAAUAUCCGAAAAUCGAACGCGCUCUCAUGGAUUGUACGAACCGAACGUCGAUCGUUGUCGAGGACAUCAUUUCCCCGAGCGACAUAGCCGUGGACAUCGCCAGUGGGGACAUCUAUUGGGUGGACAAGAGAGUCGACCGCCUGGAGUCGUGUCGCUUCGACGGUUCGAACCGUCGAACGCUCGCCAGCCGUCUCCCGAAACCAAUGGGGGUCGCCAUCUACGGCGAUUGGGUAUUCUGGGCCGACAGGAACCUCAGGUCUAUUUUCAAGAUCAGGAAAUCUGAAACAAACGGCACCGUGUACACGGUGAAAUCCGACCUGAACAUGCUGCGAGACGUGAUGGUCUACUACAACACGGGCCAGAUCCAGGCCGACAGUCCCUGCAACAGCGCCGGAUGCGAUCAGCUGUGUUUCCCUCUACCGAUGAACAUCAACGGUCGGGACUUCAGGUGCGCGUGCGCUUCCGGCGAGCUCGACGCGAACGGUCGAAGCUGCUCGAGCGUCAAGCAGUACAUCGUUUUCGCGACCCGCAAGGAGAUCCGCUCGAUGUUCCUCGACCCAAUGAAGACCGCCGUGCCCUUCCCACCGAGAGCGAACUUUACGAACCUGGUCGGAAUGGACUUCGAUUACGCCGGUCACCGGAUGUACUUUACGAAAAUCCGUCCCGACGGCGCCAUCCUCUGGAUGGACUCCGACGGCCAGAACCAGGAGGUCCACGUGAUCCUGAACAAGACCGUGAACCCCGAGGGCAUAGCGUUCGAUUGGACUCACAAGAAGAUCUAUUUCGCCGACUCGGCGAACCGGAGCAUCUACGCCAUGAACACCGACGGCUCAGACAUCGUGAUGAUUGCCAACGUGGAGCGGCCUAGGGCCAUAGUCCUGGAUCCUUGCGAGGGCUUCAUGUACUACACCGAUUGGGGUCGAUACGGACACACGGGCAAGAUCUAUCGAUCUACGAUGGCCGGCAACAACAAAACCGCGAUCGUAUCCGGGAACCUGACGCAGCCGAGCGGUCUCGCCGUAGACUACGAAGACCGCAAACUCUACUGGACCGACGCGCUCCGGGAGAAAAUCGAACGAUCGAAUCUCGACGGCACCGACCGCGAGGAACUCAUCUCGGCCACCAUCUAUCCGUUCGCGAUAACGGUUUUCGGACCGUAUAUCUACUGGACCGAUUUGCAGCUGCGGGGCGUGUACCGCGCCGAGAAGCAUACCGGGGCAGGGAUGAUCGAGAUCGCCAAACGACUCGAGGAAUCCCCUCGUGACAUCCACAUCUUCGCCCCUGAGCGACAAAAGUGUAACAAGACCGUGUGCGAGAUCAACAACGGAGGCUGUGCGCAGUCCUGUCAUCCAGGACCGAACGGACCCGAAUGUCGAUGCACCGGCAAUCUCAAAAUCGCCAACGAGGGGAAGAUGUGCGUGCCCGAGAACGUGACAUGCGACUCGACCAAGUUCGCUUGCAAAAACGGAAAGUGCAUCGAUCGAAGAUACGCCUGCGAUUCGGACGAUGACUGCGGCGACCAGUCCGACGAGGACCCCGCCUACUGCACGGUGCACACGUGCAGCCCCAGCGAGUUCAGAUGCGGCAACGGAAAAUGUCUUCAGCUCAAAUGGAAAUGCGAUCACGAAAACGACUGCGGGGACAACAGCGACGAAAUCGAUUGUAAAUACCCACCGUGCGCCGACGGCGAGUUCACCUGCGCCAACUUCAAAUGCAUUCCGAAAAAUCAAAUGUGCGACGGUCGUGACGACUGCAAGGACGGUAAGGCCACCGACGAGUCGCACGAUCACUGUCCGAAGAACCGAACCUGCCCAGGACAACAGGUCAAAUGCGCCACGACGAACAUCUGCGCGGAACCGUUCUGGCUGUGCGAUGGCGACAACGACUGCGGAGACAACUCCGACGAGGUCUCUACCCUUUGCUCGCAACGCACUUGUCCCCCGAACAGUUUCAGGUGUCCGAACCACAGGUGCAUUCCCGCCAACUGGCACUGCGACGGCGACGACGAUUGUGGGGACGCGGCUGAUGAGCCUGCCGAUUACUGCAAAUCCGAGAAACGAACCUGUUUCGGUGACCUCUUCACCUGCGACAACGGAAAUUGUAUCCCGCGCACGUACCUCUGCGAUGACGACAAUGAUUGUCUCGACAACUCGGACGAGGACGCUCGUCACCAGUGCAAUUCCAGGGAGUGCGAUCCCGAGAAAGAAUUCACCUGCAAGAAGAACAAAAUGUGGAAUCGACCGACCUGCAUCCCGAAACGGUGGCUCUGCGAUGGCGAUCCCGACUGCGUUGACGCCGCCGACGAAGAUAGCAAAACGCUCAACUGUCCCACGCCUGAGCCUUGCAAGGAAAAGCAGUUCCGCUGCGCGAACGGUCGGUGCAUAAACCAGGACUGGUACUGUGAUCACGACAACGACUGCAGCGACGGUUCCGACGAGCCGAAGAACUGCACAUUCCGCGAGUGUACUUCAGACGAAUUCGCCUGUCGCAACGCCAAAUGCGUGCGCAAGAACUACAUGUGCGACGGUGAAGACGAUUGCGGUGACGGGUCCGAUGAGCUCCAAGCCAAUUGCAAACGGAACAGCACUUGCGACGAGGCGACCCAUCACAAAUGCCGUCUGGACGACCGCUGCAUUCCGUUGACGAAGGUCUGCGACAAGAACCGAGACUGUUCCGAUGGAUCGGAUGAAUCUCCAAGGUGCAAUAUCAACGAGUGUGCAACCCCCGAAAGCAACGGCUGCGAGCACAAAUGCGUCGAUACGCCGCUAUCCUAUCGAUGCGAGUGCAAUCCCGGCUACAAGUUGAUGCCCGACGGCAAGGCCUGCAUCGACGUCGACGAAUGCACGGAAAUGCUGAGCGUGUGCUCGCAGAUCUGCGUCAACACGCCCGGUUCGUUCUUCUGCAAAUGCAAUGAGACCCACUAUCUGCGAGAACCCGACGGGAAGACUUGCAAACGCCUCGAAACCUACCCCGAGCCGUGGAUAGUUUUCUCCAACCGUUACUAUUUGCGGAACGCCUCGAUCGAUGGAACGAAGUACAACCUCGUCAAGAUGGACUUGAAGAACGUCGUUGCGAUCGACUUCGACGUCAAGGAAGAUCGACUGUACUACGCAGAUGUCGGUAACCGAACGAUCCACCGAAUGUACACGAACGGUAGCGGCGAAGAAGUCGUUAUCAAGUACGACGUGCAAGGUCUCGAAGGAAUGGCCGUGGACUGGGUUUCUCGAAAGCUCUAUUGGCUUGACAGAACGAGUAAACAGCUGUUCGUCUCGCAUCUGAACGGCACGUCGAAGAAGGUGCUGCUGCCACGCGGCAUUUCCGAUCCGAGAGCACUUGCGGUCCACCCGGGUAUCGGUUAUCUGUUCUUCACCGAUUGGGGUCACCACGCGUUCAUCGGUCGACUCGGCAUGGACGGGAGCAACAUGACGCUGCUAAUCACCUACCGGAAGAAUCUCGUGUGGCCAAACGCUCUCACGAUCGACUACUUCUCGGACAAGAUCUUCUGGGCCGAUGCCCAUCUCGACUACAUCGAGUACGCCGAUUUCGAGGGCAAGAACCGACACACGGUCUUGUCCGGAUCGAAAGUCCCGCACGUGUUCGCCCUGUCGGUGUUCGACGAUUGGCUGUUCUGGACCGACUGGAACAUGAAAGGAAUCUACCGAGCCCACAAGUUCACCGGAGAGGACCUCCUGCUGCUCCGGAACGCCUCGCAUCGACCCUACGACAUCCACGUGUACCAUCCGCUCCGGCAACUGCCCUACAACAAUCCCUGCGAAGUCGACAAUGGCGGCUGUUCGCAUCUCUGCCUUCUGUCGCCGAACCCGGCGGGGCUCAAGUUCCCCGCGGAACACCGAUGCGCCUGUCCGGAGGACUUCGUUCUACUACCGAACAACAGAACCUGCAUCGCCAACUGCACCGAAGGACAGAAGAGGUGCUCGGGAGGAGGCGACGAGAAAUGCAUUCCCAUCUACUGGAUGUGCGACGGGGAACAGGACUGCGCCGAUGCGUCCGACGAACAGAACUGUCCUCCGUACAAGUGCAAGAGAGGCCAAUUCCAAUGCCCGACCAGCAGCGAUGUCUGCGUUUCCAGGAUCAAAGUAUGCGACGGUCACAACGAUUGUCCGGACGGUUACGAUGAGAGGAAUUGUCAUCUGCCCUGCGGAGAGAACAGCUUCAAAUGCAACAGCACCGGCCGAUGCGUUCCGUCCUCGUGGCAGUGCGACGGGGACAACGACUGCGCCGACGGCUCCGAUGAGAGUCCGGCGCUCUGCCAUCACGGAAAUUGCGAUCCGGAAACUCAUUUCAAAUGUGAGAACGGCAAAUGCAUUCCACACCUUUGGUUCUGUGAUUUCGACGACGAUUGCGGAGAUAACUCGGACGAGCCAGCGUACCAAUGCCGAAACCGGAACUGCACAACCGGUUGGCAGAAGUGUCCGUCGAAGUCUAAUUACCGUUGCAUUCCGCAAUGGCUCUUCUGUGACGGGAGAGACGACUGCAGGGAUAACUCCGACGAGACGAAUCCGGAUCAAUGCCCCAAAUGCCACCCGACCGGCGACUUCAAAUGCAGUAAUGGUCGCUGUAUCCCGAUGCGAUGGCGAUGCGAUUUCGAAGACGAUUGCGGCGACAACAGCGACGAAGACUCGACCAUGUGCGAGAACCUCUACCGAGACUGCUCCGAGUCCGAAUUCCAAUGCGAGAACAAGCGAUGCAUUCCUCGAAAGUGGCGUUGCGAUCACGACGCGGACUGCGACGACGGAUCGGACGAGAAAAAUUGCGCCAACCACAAGUGCCGAGCCGAUCAGUUCCAAUGCGACAGCGGACACUGCAUUCAGAAGAAAAUGGUUUGCGAUGGGAACAAGGACUGCCGAGACGUUUCGGACGAGAAGAACUGCCCGCCCCGCUUCCCCAACGGGCGACACUGUCCCGAAAACCAAUUCCAGUGCAACAACACGGUGUGCAUCAAGCCGGACUACGUAUGCGACCGGGACGACGACUGCGGAGAUAACUCCGACGAGUCCGACCAGACGUGUCGGCAGCACGAAUGCGAUGUUACUCGGAAGUUCCAGUGCGCGAACCGGAAAUGCAUUAUGCUCUGGCAGCUGUGCGACGGCGAAGAUAAUUGCGGUGACGGCAGCGACGAGAAUACAUUCCAUCUCUGUGAUCGAAUCAAAGGACCGCUGACCUGCUCGGCGGACAUGUUCAAGUGUGCCGACGGUAGGCAAUGUAUCGAUAAAAACAAAGUCUGCGAUCACAACCUCGAUUGCGACGACGAGUCAGAUGAGCUCGGCUGCCAGAUCGGCGAGUGUAGCCCUCCACUGAACGGUGGUUGCCAGCACAACUGCACGAGCCUCGGUGCCAGCUCGGCCCACGACUACGUGUGCGUGUGCCCGUCAGGAUACAGGAUCAACGCAACGAACACGAAGACCUGCGCCGAUAUCGAUGAAUGCGCUAGCUCGUUGCAUUACUGCGCGCAUAUCUGUCACAAUACCGUUGGAAGCUACGGAUGCGAAUGUCGUCCAGGAUUCAAACGAGUCAACAUGGAUUGUCAUCCACCCGGAGAUCCACCCGUAAUUAUGUACACGAAUGGUCGUGAAGUUCGUCUAGUCAUUUCUUCUCCCGAAACCAGUAAGCAGGUCGCUUUGAUUUCGGGAGAGAGCAAUAUCUUCGGUGUGGAUUUCGACCCUGUCCAGAAGUUUGUUUACUGGGUCGACGUGGACGCCAAGACCAUCAAGAGGGCGUUCAUCCCAGACCUCUCGGUCGAGCCCGAGAAACUCGGCAGUCAAUACCCGCAGGAUCUCGAAAUCAGCGAUCUGAAAAUUCCGACGGCGCUCGCCGUGGACUGGCUCGGUCGAAACCUCUAUAUCCUCGACUUCCAAACUUUCACGGACCGGCCACCGAAAGGAAGACUUCUCGUCACGAAACUCGACGGAAGGUACAGGCGCACGCUGCACGAUACGGACAUCGAGAUGCCGACAUCCGUCGCCGUGGAUCCCGAGGCGGGAGUCCUCUUCUGGUCGGACGCGGGCAAAAAUCCCAAGAUCGAAACAUCCUGGCUCGAUGGAAGUCGUCGCCAAACUAUCCUUAGCUCGAAGAACAGGGUCAUCUCACCUGGGGGUCUCGUGAUCGAUUACGUUUCCGGGGACAGGAGACUGUAUUGGGUGGAUCCGAAACUCAGCACCAUUGAGAGCGCCCGACCCGACGGAAGCGGCCGACUAGUCAUUAAGAACCAAACGGUUCAUCCGAUCGCUUUGGAUCUCUUCGGCGAUACGAUGUACUGGAGCGAACGGGACUCUGGGAACAUUUACCGAAUGAACAAAUUCGGCCGUGGGGUCAAGGUGCUGAUUCGUAGAGACAUCAAGUACCCUGCCAGCGUGAAGAUCUACCAGGAGACAAAGUACAACACGACGGGCGAGAGCCGAUGUGCUCACUCGGGCUGCAGUCACUCGUGUCUCUUGAUCCCUCGCGGUCAUCGGUGUUCGUGUCCCGACGGCGCCAACAACAAGAACUACAAUCAGAAAUGCGACGCUGCGUUCGAACAGCCGAAAGCCAUUCCUUUCAAAUGUCCGUGCCAGAACGCGGGAAUUUGCGUCGCAGUGCAAGGAGACCGUGCUGUGUGCAAGUGUUCAGAGGACUUCGAAGGAGCAAACUGCGAGAACUUCGUUGCGAAAACCAGGAUCGCCAGCUCGAAUAACAAUAUCGCAGCAAUAAUGACUCCUAUCAUCAUCGUUCUGAUCUUGAUGAUUGGCGGCGCGGCGCUGUUCGUCGCCUUCCGGAAGAAGCAGUUUAAAACCGCGGGUUACGGAGGGAACCCCAGCGUCUCUUUCGGAGGUGGAGGCGUGGACUUUUCGUCGCACUUCAUGAGAUCUGCUCGUUCUAACGAGCCCAACGGGGAUCCCAUCGACGGCGGCGACUUCAACCUCGGAGAUGUCAAGCAACCGACGGAUUUCGCCAACCCCAUGUACGACGCCCUGGGUACGGUUCCUGGCGACGGCAAGCCCUUGGUCGAGGAAGCGUCCGGCUCCGCCAUUUUGACACCUUCCUCAAUUCUUCAGAAGAGCAGUCCACAGCUGAAGUUCAAGAAAAAAUCACUAAAUCCGACGUCAAAGGACACCGACAAGGACACAGCUAUGCUGGUCGAGGAAGACGCCUCCGAGGCAUAGUUCUAGCUCAUCUCCAGAUGCAAUUCCGCGAUGCAAUAACAAUUUCUUGAUACCGAUGGAGACAUUCCAGAAAAUUCCAAUUGCUCGGUCUAUGUACAUAAAGUGCGAGAAAGAAAACGCAUUAGUCGUUGACGAGUGAACGACCGACCGACCAACCAACCGACCGACCCAAACUCAACGCAGAAGACGGAAGCCGUUCAGAGACACAGAGAGCGGUCUUUCGGGGCAGCGGCGGUUUCGAAGACACGAAAAGACAUAGGAAGAGAUGAGAACGGAAUCGUUUAAAUCGAUACUAGAAGAAGAGCAAGCAAUGAGAAGUUCACCUGUUUUUCCUCCGAUUGCUGAAACCCCAUUCCUGGGGAGGGGGGACAUCGAUCUGACACCGUGCGGAGCGUGAAGGAAGGAGCGAGAAUAUUUAAAGCCCGCCGGACUAAGUUAUGGAGACAUUAGAUACGCGAGCCUUAAAUGCGCGAACGCAAAUGCAAUGCCGCAAGAAUCGAGAUCAAUCUCAACUUUGUUGAGGUCACGUGCCG